AUGGCUGAGCAUCUUCAGCUCGGUCGGCUUGCGACCUUGAGGCUCUCCGGAGCAUCACCUUCUCACGAAUUCGGAUCCGUAAAUACAGGAACCGACAUAAACACAGGCGCCGCCAUGACAACAGACGAGAAUGACAGCCGUGUCCCUCUGCUGAGCGACCCGGAAGCAGACAGGCGUUCAGACGAGUACGGCGCAACUGGGCAUAAUAAAUCCUCGGCCGAGACUACGACCGACCACGAUGAGGCCAGCGAUGACGAAGACGACAAUGUCUCCGACUCUUCAGACAAUGUUCAUGGAGGUGUAAAGCAAGCUGAUGCUAUUAAUCUGGUUUGGUCACGGAGUGCGCUGAUAUUGGCCUACUUUUUCAUCUUUUUGUGUUCAUUUGCCCAGGCAUUACAAUGGCAAAUUCUAUCCAAUCUCACACCUUACGUCACUAGCGAGUUUUCCUCGCAUUCCCUCAUUCCAACUAUUAGUCUGGUCGCUUCUAUAUUGAGCGGUACCCUCAAAUUGCCCAUCUCCAAAAUUAUUGAUGCCUGGGGUCGUCCUCAGGGGUUGGCGGCCAUGAUACUCCUGGCCACCAUUGGCUUGAUCCUCAUGGCCGCCUGCCAAGACGUCAAGACGUAUGCUGCUGCACAAGUCUUUUACGAAGUGGGCAUCAGUGGCUUCUCAUAUGUCUUGAACAUUAUAGUUGCAGAUACAUCGUCGAUGAAGAACCGAACCCUUGCUUUCGCCUUUGCUAACCUGCCGAGUCUGGUGACAACCGUCAUCGGUCCCCCCAUUGCCAAGGCCUUCCACGAGCGGAGCAGUUGGCGAUGGGGCUUUGCGACUUCCGCCGUCCUAUUCUUCAUCCUGUCGAUACCUAUUCUGGUACUCCUGAUGAUCAAUGCGCGCAAGGCCGUUCGGCUCGGACUAUUGAAAAAGGAGAAGAAUGAGCAGAAGUGGACGGUGGAGGGCUUCCUUCACCAGCUCAGGGAGUAUGAUGCUAUCGGGCUGUCCUUGGUGACGUUCGGCCUCACGUUCGUAUUCGUGCCAGUGUCUCUCGGUACUGGCGCAGCAGGCAUCUGGACUCUUGCUAUGCUGAUAGCCGGUGUGGUCAUGCUGGUGGCGUUUGUGUUCCAUGAAAAAUACUAUGCGCCACGACCAGUCAUUGCCUUCUCGCUUCUCUUCUCGCGCAACGUCGCUGGAUCAUGUCUACUGUCGAUUGUACUCUUCAUUGCCUACUUCGCGUGGGACUCUUACUACUCAUCCUAUCUCCAAGUCGUCCAUGGUCUGUCCAUCACUGAGGCUGGAUAUAUCAACCAUAUUUACGAGUUUGGAUCGACGCUGUGGGGCGUCGUCGUGGGCUACCUCAUCAAGGUCUCUGAUCGCUACAAGUGGCUUGCCUUGUUGGCACUUCCCGUCCACAUUCUCGGAGGCGCAUCAUUGAUUCUGUUCCGUCGACCCGAGACUGAGAUUGUCUAUUUGGUUCUCGCGCAGGUCAUGCUCACGAUUGGUGGUAGUACUCUUGUACUAUGUGACCAGAUAGCAGUCAUGGCAGUUAGUAGCCAUGAGGAUCUCGCCUCUGUCAUGGCGAUUCUUUCCGUUUCCUACUAUGUCGGCUCCGCCGGCGGCAAUGCACUCAGCGGAUCGAUCUGGAACAGCGUUCUACCAAAAGCGUUGGCUGCAGCUCUGCCAGACAUGCCCAAGGCUGAGUUGAAGGCGCUCUGCUCAGAUCUCAACAAGCAGCUCAGCUACCCGAUUGGAACUCCAAUUCGUGAUGCAAUAAUCUCUGCCUACAGCACAGCCCAAGUCAGGAUGUGCAUCACCGGAGCAGCCGUCUCGCUCAUCCAGAUCAUUGCCGUGGCCAUCUGGCGAGACGUGAGAGUGAGCAAAGUGAAGCAAGUCAAGGGCAAAGUCGUUUAA